UCCUUCACCUUCGUUUCGGUGUUGUUAUGUGUAAUUAUCUUUCAGAAGAAUGGUUUUAUUAUAGGUUAUUAAAGUUAUACCAACUAUAAGUUACCAAGAGACUGUGCGUUCUAUGUUGCCCAAUGUUUUGUUUUAGGCUAUAUAAGGAAUUCAUGUAAGUUUUCCUAGAGCAGUAUUAUUUAGACUCAUCAACAUGGUAAACAUUUUCCCAAUCAUGUUCCCGGCCAAGAUUUCAAGAUCGCUAUGUAUUACCGGUACCAGGGCACAACCAAUUUGUUUUAACGCUAUAAGACAAUCUUCAAACCACUCACUUGUUGCCGAGAAGGAUGUAAGAACAUCCCUAAAAGUCAACAAGAAACCUUCAAAGCCGCCAUUCAUGAAAAAUGUUUUCUUGGGAAUUUAUGAUAAAGACAUGUUAGUUUACCCUGAGUUGGAUAAACCAAGACUGCAAGAGCUAAAGAAGCGCAUGGAACCUGUUAAAAGUUAUUUCAAAAGUAAUGUUAAUCCUGAAAUUCUAUCAUCAUUGAAGAUUAUCCCUAAUGAAAUCAGAGAGAGCUUGAAACAACUUGGACUCUAUGGACAGUCAAUCCCAGAGAGCUAUGGGGGUUCUGAUCAGACAGCCACAGAAACAGCUUAUAUUAAUGAGGUCAUUGGUAACGAUAUUGACAUUGCUUUGACAUUAUACUCCCACAAUUUCCUUGCUACUCAAAGUAUACUUAUGUAUGGAACUGCCCAGCAGAAAGAGAAGUAUCUACCCUUAUUGGCCACAGGAGAGCUCACAGCAGCAUUUUGUAUGUCAGAAAGCAUCAGCAGUUCUGAUCUUGCAUCUUUAUUGACAACGGCUGAGCCCAAUGAAGAUAAUCCAGACAUGUACCUUGUCAACGGUAAGAAGCUAUGGGUUAUUAAUGGAGGCAUUGCUAAUUUAUUUAUUGUGUUGGUGAAAUACAACUACAAAUCGCAUCAUGGGAAAAUGGUUCCUCUUGUUCGGUUAAUGAUAGUUGAACGAGAAUAUCCCGGGAUUACAGUAUCUCCACCCAAGGAGCACAUUGGUCUGAAAGCGUCAAAUAUAUGUGAGGUGCACUUUAACAACACUCCUGUUCCUAAAGAAAACUUUAUUGGGAAUGAAAUGCAGGGUUUUGAAAUGUGUACUCAAGUGUUAAGUAGUGGACGGUACAACAUAGGUGCAAUAACAGUUACUUUACUUAAAAACCUACUAAGUACAGCCUGUUCCUUUGUUAUCGAUAGAAGACAGUUUGACAGACAAUUGAUUGAUUGUGAAAGAAUUCAGGAUAAAGUGGUUGAAAUAGCUACUCGUAUUUACACAUUAGAGAGUAUGACCUACCUUACAACUGGUAUUCUAGACACCUAUGAAAGUGCUGAUUGUUUGCUCGAACUUGCUAUUAUUAAAAUAUUUAGCUUUACUGAAGGACGAUAUGCUUUGGAUCUUAUUAUGGAAUUAAUGGGAGGCAGAGCGUUUCUUGAGUCUGAGAUUGUUCAGAAAUAUUUUAAAGACUUUCGUACAAUGGAGGUAUUUGAUGGGACAACUGACAUUGCUAAACUGAUGGUAGCACUGCUUGGCCUACAGCACACUGGGAUCACGUUGCAUGAGUCCAACAAGAAAGCAAGAUUUCCCUAUGAUAACGCAGGAUUUGUUUUUAAGCGCUUUUUCGAAAACAGGUUGCAAAUAAAGGAUGAACCAAAGCUCACACUUGGAUUAUUUGAACAGUUACAUCCGUCUUUGACAAUCGCAGCAAAUGAGCUUGAGUAUUGUGUUCACCGUUUACAAUUUGCAGUAAGUGUACUCUUUGAACGUUACGGUUCUGAAGUAGUUAACCAGCAGAUAGAACUGAUGAGAAUAACUGAUGCAGCUGUUAAAAUAUAUGCAAUGACAGCAGUCCUAGGGAGAUCAUCAAGGUCAUACUGUUUAGGCUUGCGCAAUGGAGAGACGGAAGUGAAAUAUGCCAUGAAAAUCUGUUCUGCUUAUAAAAAAAUUGUUAAACAAGAGAUCAACUAUCUUCUUGAAGGAAUUCCCUCUACAGGUGAUAUUGUUUCUACAAACUAUGGUCCUGAUAUCUUUAGGCAUCAUGGUUAUUACUUGGAGCACCCAUUAGAAAGGACUUAUUAAAUUUCCCUUUUGUGUAAAGCUCUAAAACUAGGCCCUAUUUUUAAUAUUUUCCUUUAAAAACAAGAAUUUAAAUAAAAUUGUAUUCACAUUUUCCAGUAUAUUUAAAAAAAAACAUACUAAAUGGGGCAAAAAUGAAUUUUGGUUUCUCCGGUUAUUGUUACAUUAGGCCUAAACCAUAGAUAAAACAUGGGCCCUCCCUUGUAUUGCUUAGUCUAUGCCUAAAUUUAGUUCUGACAAGACCAGUUUUGUUUAAUUUACUUUCUACUUUUUUUAAAAUAGAGUGUUUAAGGCCUAGGCUACUUUUAAUCAAUUAAACUAAUAAAACAUCAUUCUUUACAUAAACAUUUAAAAUAAUUAGGCCUAUUAGAAGAUUUACUUAUUUUUUUGUAGGCCAGUGUAAAAUGUUUUGCUGUAGCUCUUGUAUAUUUUUUAAGCCUUUUAGAGAUUUUAUUGAUAGCCUACAUGUCUAUUGUUUUGAGAACUAAGAUUAGGUAGGCUACUAUUCUCAGCUUUAAUUUUCUUAAAGAAGUCUUUGUCAUUCACAAAGUGUGAAUUUAGAGUUUUUUUCUUCACUGAAUGUGGUAGUAUAUUUCGAGUUCUAGUUUUACUUUGCUUAGUACUUUUCCACAAAGCGUCAACAGCCAAGACUAGGCCUAACUUAUCUAUUCCAGAACCUAGGAAUCAUCAUUGUUGGUGGGAUUAAACCUAAGUAAAAGUAGCUGAUAUCUAUUUGGUCUUAAAACAUGUAAAACAUUAUUAAGUACCGGUAGCCUAAAGCCUUUUAGAUAGUGCAGGUAGUCUUUUAUGGUUCUGGUCAGCCUAUUUUAAACUAAGGGUUGGGUCCAUGUCCUAAGCCGGUUUUGUUCACCAAAAGAGGUGGCAUGCUCUUCAAUAGCCUACUGAGUUUACUAAUGGUGUCUUGGGAGCCCUUUAGCGACAAUCAAUUUUCUGUAGGUAAUGUUAUUAAUACAAAUAAUAGCCCUUAACAUUGUGGUUUAAGUACAGUAGGCUACCUAACAAUUAAUAUACCUUGAACAAUCCCUGUUAAUUUGUUACCAAAUUUCACGCAAAUCGGUUAGUACCUAUUUAAAUUUUUUUGCAACAUACAAAUAAGCCAAUGUUUAAUUAACUAAACGUAAUAAAUUAACAGAAAUGUUUAGAUAUACCACAAUACCGCACUGUUUUAGUUGUAUUUGGAAUAUUAAAGAGAAUUACUUGUUGCUAUUGGGGCCCCCCCAAACAUAGCAUAGCCUAAUGUUGCAUAGUCUCCAUUAACAGGAAUAACAAACUUGUAAAUAUAAACAUUAUAAGCUCCAUCAUAAAUUAGUUCAACAGCUGUUUCAGUAUGCCAGGUCUGUGGCAUUGCCACUUUUGUCUUGCCACGGCCUUAUAUUAGAGGAGGCUAUGAAUAAAUACAAUCAAGCUUAUUCAAAUUGAAAAUUAAUUGACCUUAAAUAUAUCUCUGUUAGUCAUCACUUACACUUCAAAUGUUUGUAAAAUUUGCAAAAAUGAUUUCCAUUCAAAAUGUUUUGAAACGGGAAAGUGCCAUGGCCUUCUGACGGCUUAUCCUCCCCACGACAAAACCUACCAAAAUUUAACGUCAUUGAAGUUAUUUCAAAUCGGAAAUGUACGACUAUGGCAUACUAGAUUCAAGUCUGAUCUAAAAUAGGCCUAUAGGCCUGUUACUAAUUUAGUGGGAAUUUAGAACAUAAAAAUCACAGGCGUAAAGGCUACCAAUGUUUAAGCAACUCCACUCGGAGAGAGGGGUGGUCAGCAAUGACAUAAAAUUUCGGACAUAAAAAGCGCCUUUCACAAAUAUCAUUGAGUCUACACUACUCUCAAUUUCCUAGUUAUCUUAUAUCUGUUAGGUAAGCCUAAUCUACAUCUCGACCUUGAUCCUGAAAAUUACAUUCCCAAGCACUUUUCUCUUUAUUUUCAUUCAGAACAAUCUCUAUGCUCUUAAACAUUUUUAUAUGAUCGGGAAUAAAAGAAAGAGACCAUAGGCUGAUUUGUAAAAAAAUUUAAUAACAAUAAUAAAACCACUUGCAAGUGGUAAAACCAGUUUUAUUUUAUAAAACUAAAUCUUUUAUGCAACAACAGCAUUUCACAACAGCUAGAAACAUGAUUAAGUCGAUAUUGUCUAUGAAAAUUGUAUUUUUACUUGAUUAACUUUAUAGACAAAAAUACGUACAACAUUUUAAUGAACACAGAUAUAUAAAAGCCUUGAAACGCUGUAACAGUUUUAUCAGUAACUCUCUAUUUUCGUUGUACCUAACAGUUAGGUCUCCAAGCUAUAGUACGAGUGGCAAGCCUUACAGGUUCCAAACAAAACAAAUCAGCAGUCUGGGUACGAAACAGAAUUGAACCUGACUUUCUCGUUGCUCAUACCUUAGCUUAGAUAUUAAAAUUAAGAAAGUAAUGCUAGGUGAUAAAACAUUUGAAUCAUACAGUAAGUUAAAAUUAUUUCAAAAGUCUAACUUAUUAAAAAAAAGGCAUACAAAAUAUUGCUUUCAUUAAAAUGAAGUUUUAUCAAAACUGAGUUUUGAGGUAGCAUUAAGGUUAGGCACAGAGAAGUAUACAGAGAAAACAUGCUUAUGGAACAACCAUGCGCUUUUAGCUCUGGAAUGGUGUGGCGGAAAUAUAUUAGUACCGAGCAAGGAAGAGCCCGAACGGAUAUUGUUUACAACAGCAGUUGUAGCGCACAGGCUCCUAUAGCGUGAGCGCUGUAAUGGUGAGGAAAAAGAGAGCGGAAAGGAACUUCCAAUAGCUUUUUAACUAGACACGACUUAAGUGUACCAUGAAAUAUUUCCUCUGUAUCUUACUUCUCUGUAGGUUAGGCCUUAUGUGACACAAAAAUAUUGCUUAAUUAAUCAAUCAAAAUAUAUUCUAGCCAUUAAUUUUUUUUAGGUAAUGGCUUAUCACACACUUAUAGUGUUAUUGAAGCUGGGCAUUGUAAUAAGAUCACAGAUAAGCACUACUAAACCUUUACACCCAAACUUGUAGGUAAACACUUCAAAUCCUAUUUUCCCCAUGCAUUUUGAAGAGGUUAACAUGUAAGUGGUUGUAACGCUGUUUACAAUUCACAAUGCCAUUCACCAAACAACUAUUUAUCUUUGCCUAAAUUGUUAUGUCCAACACACGAACCUUAGUGUCAACCACAAUCUCUGCAAUGUAUUUCACAUUUUAGUUUCAUGCACUGUAGUUUCUUGUUUUAAUGAUUAAUUAUUAUAUAUAAAAUACUUUGUGAACAUCUCAAACAACUAAAUUCAAUGAGUCUGCUUACAGAGAGAAAAGUAUUACUUGUUAUAUUUAAUACUAACUUAACUGGUCAUCAGUUUUAUUGUAUAAGGCAGAACAUAGUUGUCAUAUAUUGGUUAAGAACACUCAUAUUUCAUGUAACAUACAGGAAUGAUUCAACAUACUACUUCAUGGAAAUGCUGGGAUAAAACAAAUUAUUUAGGUUAUACUUUCCUUUGUCUGUUAAAGAAAACUAUUACCAUUGGUUUGUAUAUACACUACAGUAAUGUAAAAAAUGUAUAUUGCUAACCUAAAUUAAUAAACAUGUUUUCUUUCA